CAAACGUCACGCAGUCUGUGAACAUCUAAUAAUCUGUGUCGAAGUAGGUUGUAAGAAACCGGAGAUAGAUAAGCAAACAUUGUGCUCCGAGGACACGCGGUGAAGGAAACUUGCCAGUAAACAGUUGAAUUGAGAAUCGGACGAUAGAUUAUUGCCAAGUACGAUGGGCUUGAGGCUGGACAUUGUGUUGGUGCUUUUGUUGUGUUUGCAUCACACGCGCUUUGCCGUAUUCGGAGCAUCGAUCAAACGCGAUGGAAUCCAGUUUUCGAAUAACAGCGGAGAUACUGACGUCGGACUAAGUGCAGACGUUAAAGGUCCCGAACAAUGUCGUACCAUCCCGGAGGCCAUCCUGAGCACCGUUCUGGGGCCGGCGUUCAAUGCGAGGUACAUGUCCAUCAUUGAUCCCAGAGAAAGCGUUCAGUCGGAGCCAACAGUUUCCGGAGUCGUGAAACGAAAGAUAAAUAAAAUACCGUCGUUUUAUGUCGACGAAGAGUACAAUUCCGUGUACAGUAACGCCCCGGCUUGGGAUUUCGAGUUUUCGAACAUAAAAUACGAAGAGGAGUUACCUGCAAGCAACCCGAAUACAGAGGAAAACAUGUCGGAAGAUAGAAACCGGGAAAUCAGACAUGUGAAAAAAAAUACACCGUGGCAAUGCAACGCUAAGGUUGAAUGGAUCGACCUGGGAAACGAUUAUUUUCCAAGAUUUUUGCGAAUCUUAGAGUGCGAGAAGACCAACUGCUGGUACGGUUUUUACACCUGCAAGCCAAAGUCUUUUACAGUGAAAAUGUUGCGUCGCUACACCGGAGUCUGCAUUCCCUCACCGUCUCUGAACGUCGCUUCGACGCCGACGAAUAUCGACGAUUCCAGCUCGUCUGACGAACCGAGGGAGUUAUGGGUCUGGGAAGAACGGGCAGUCAACUUCUGCUGCGAAUGCGUCGUUACCGCACCCUGAUUUCAUCGCUCAAUCGAGAGCAAUGAUGUGUGUUUACAGGUGACUUCGCAAUGGUUCAAUUUUAUUAAACUACUCUUUUGUGCUGCAUACAUAAUGGUUCAGGUAUGCAUGUCCACGUAUAUGGGAAAAUUAUUGUAUUCACGUGUAAGCGUUACAUUAAAUCACAUGACGCUAUUUUACACGCAAGCGAUGGAUUGCUAUUAUGUUUGGGUAUCUGAGUACCAGAAUUAGCUUUAUUCCAAUCUCAUUCAAGGCUAUGAACGUUUACCCUUGUGUAAAGAUUGUAUAAUUCAAGAUAGAAAAAUUCAAGAAUCAUCCGUAAAAAUUAUAAGAGAGAUAAAAAUCAGAUACAUGGACGACUCUGAACUUCAACUCUGAUUGUUCUAGCAUAAUUUGCAACACAGGGCCAGUUUUGAAUCGCCUGUGUUCAGGCAACCGUAAGUACAUUUGUGAAACGCUUGCCUACGCUCAGGCGGAUUAUGGCUAGUUGAAAUACCACAAAUUGAAAAUUAUUUUUCAAGAUAAAUUAAGUAAGCUGCAGCAAUCACGCAUUAGGAUUCAUCGUUAUUCAUAUGUAAUAAAUUCAAAUUCAUUUUCCUCUUCCUUUAAU